AGGUUCUGCAAAAGCACCUCGCCUGCUUGAAGGGAGGUGCGGACCUCAAAACCAAAGAAGCUGUCCAAAAGCUAGGCUACACCGGCCCCUACGCGCGCUACCGGCUGGUGUACGAGGCGGUGUGCAAGAAGUUGGACCAGAUGCGCAACAUGCGGGCGCACGGAGUGGACCCGCUGAAGGACGGUCCCCGGCCCCGCGCAGCCCGCGGCUCCUCCGACAUGCGGACCUGGCUGGCAGCUGCCUUCAAGCAGCUGCCCAACUGCACUGGCACCCUGGAGGCGGCGGGCAGGGUACUGCAGAGGCACCCGGAGAUAGGGCCGAAGCUGGACAAGAGGCCCGACCCCCGCUGCGCCCACACCCCCAUGUGGCAGAGCAACCUGCACCGCAAGGUGGCCAGCUGGCCCGAGUUCGUCAAGACGGGCCGCAAGAAGGAUCGAUGGAACGUGUUGCGCUACGAUGAGACGCGGCGCUAGGGCGGCAGCACCCAGCAGGCCGGGGAAGAGGGCAGCGGCAUCCCCUGGCAGCGGCGGCACCUGCACCUGCACCCGCACCCGCACCCGCACCCGGGAUGAGCUGCUGGCCGGUGCUUCGGUGGCAGCAGCGGGGGGGGGGCCCGCGGCUGGCGGGCAGAUUCGCUUUCACGGCCAUGGGUGUUAACGUAGCAGUUGAGAGCCGUGUGGUCCAAAGAAAAUGAAGAUGGUUUUGAUUUGCAUCUGAUGUGUAUACAUGCAUGUUGUUCGCAGGUGUGUGCAGAAGCAUGCAGGCGUGCUGGGGCGGGCAGGGAUGGCAGUGCUGAGGUCGUGAGGGUGUGGUGAGACAAUAGUGGUGCGGGGGAGGGAGCCCGGCGGUGUUCAGCGCGCUGUGGCCCCCCUCCUUCCCACCGCCAAGAUCAUGCGGCCUGGGUGUAGGGAGGCAGGAGGAGCCGCGAGUCGCACACACACCCGCUGUGUGGGCUUGCUGGGAGCUGUUGGUAGUGGUGUUCUGUAGCGGUGAUGGUGGUGGGAUGGUUCACGUGCCGUGCUUUGUAGACAGGUAGGCAUAUGCUACAGUGCCC